UGCCGGUUAUCCUGUGCUUGUAUAAUCCAAUUUCUCUUGAUAUCCACCCCUUGUUAUGGCUCUCCCCCUACGCACCGCCCGUCAUGCUUCCAGGCUGGCCCAGACUAUCUCUCGCCGCAGCUAUACCACCGCUGAGCCAGACCUUAAAUCUGCCCUCAGGGCCGUCAUCCCUGCCAAGCGCGAGCUCUUCGCUGAGGUAAAGAAGCAGGGCGAUGAGGUGAUCGGUGAGGUCAAGGUCGCGAAUGUCAUCGGUGGUAUGCGUGGACUCAAGAGCAUUCUGUGGGAGGGAUCCCUCCUUGACGCCGAUGAGGGUAUCCGAUUCCACGGCAAGACCAUUAAAGACUGCCAGAAGGAGCUCCCAAAAGGUCCCACUGGCACCGAGAUGCUCCCCGAGGCCAUGUUUUGGCUUCUGUUGACCGGCCAGGUUCCCUCCACCAGCCAAGUCCGCGCUUUCUCCCGCCAGCUGGCGGAGGAGUCCCACCUCCCUGACCAUAUUCUCGACCUGGUGCGCUCAUUCCCGCGGACCAUGCACCCAAUGACCCAGCUCUCCAUCGCGGUCGCCGCCCUGAACACCGAAUCCAAGUUCGCCAAGGCCUACGAGAAGGGUCUGAACAAGGCUGACUACUGGGAGCCUACCUUUGACGAUGCGAUUUCCCUCCUCGCUAAGAUUCCCCGGGUCGCAGCUCUUGUCUUCCGCCCGGAUGAGGUCGACCUCGUUGGCAGACAGACCCUCGACCCCUCCCAGGAUUGGUCCUACAACUUCGCAGAGCUCCUCGGCAAGGGUGGCUCCAAGAACCAAGAUUUCCACGACCUGCUCCGUCUGUAUCUUGCCCUACACGGGGACCACGAGGGUGGCAACGUCUCGGCCCACGCGACCCACCUCGUCGGUAGCGCCCUCAGCGACCCCUUCCUGAGUUACAGUGCGGGUCUUCUGGGUCUCGCGGGUCCUCUGCACGGUCUUGCUGCCCAGGAGGUGCUUCGUUGGAUCCUCGCCAUGCAGGACAAGAUCGGUACCCAGUUCACCGACGAGGAUGUCCGCACCUACCUCUGGGAUACCCUCAAGUCUGGCCGUGUAGUUCCUGGCUACGGCCACGGAGUCCUGCGCAAGCCUGAUCCCCGUUUCCAGGCCCUGAUGGACUUUGCUGCUACUCGCCCGGAUGUCGUCGCCAACCCUGUGUUCCAACUGGUCAAGAAGAACUCGGAAAUCGCCCCGAGUGUCCUCACGGAACAUGGAAAGACCAAGAACCCCCAUCCCAACGUUGACGCCGCCUCUGGUGUGCUCUUCUACCACUAUGGCUUCCAGCAACCUCUGUACUACACUGUCACCUUUGGAGUUAGCCGUGCACUCGGUCCUCUCGUGCAAUUGGUCUGGGACCGCGCGUUGGGUCUUCCUAUCGAGCGACCCAAGAGCAUCAACCUCCUGGGGUUGAAAAAGUAAUGCGAUGUAGUUUGCAAUCGAUCGGUUUUUUUUUUUUUU